GCGACGGACUCUAAUCAUUUUGCAACAUUCUAGUUUACGGCCGCGCCGGUCCAGAAAUAUUAACCAGUGUGCUCGAAAGAAGUAAGAUUAAGUUUACUACCUGCCUUUUUGAAGGAAUAAUUUCUUAUUAUAUAAACUAGAUCCAUUUAUUGUGGCUAGAUUCAAAUUUUACACUUACUCAUAUGGAUACUUAGCGUCAAGCACACGCUGUGGUUUGAACGUGACAACUGACGCUACAUUUCUCCUCCUAUGACAUGGGAUAUUAGCUAACUUAUUAGAAGUAUUUUUACGUCGUGUGGCACGAAGAUCUGUCCGAUUCCUUCACGAUCAUGCCUAUUCAGCUGACAAGUCAGGCUUACUGUAAAAUGCUCUUGCACGCCGCCAAGUAUCCGCACAGCGCCGUCAACGGGUUGCUGGUUGCAGAAAAAGCCAAGGACAAAAAGAAAGACAGUCACCACGAUCCGGUCUUGUGUGUCGACUGCGUGCCGCUGUUCCACGGCACACUGGCUCUUGCACCCAUGCUCGAAGUUGCCUUAACAUUGAUUGACACAUGGUGUAAAGAAAACAAUUAUGUCAUCGCAGCAUACUAUCAAGCCAAUGAACGCACAAAGGAUUCAAGACCCAACCAAGUUGCUGAAAAAGUGGCAGCAAGGAUUUCUGAGUGUUUCAGUGAAGCCGCAAUUGUUAUGGUUGACAGCAGCAGAUUAAAAAUGAGCUGCCGCGAACCCAUUGUGCUCAUUUAUGAUCAUCACGAAAACAAAUGGAAAAGCAGAGAUGUCAAUCUCGACUCCUUUGAGGACUGGAGCGAAGCGCAGAAGAUCACGUCGGCUCUUCUCGAGGGUAGGUCCUACGAAAAUUUGAUUGACUUUGACAAUCACCUGGACGACCUCAGGAACGACUGGACCAACCCGGUGAUCAACAAGUCUGUCCUGGACCUGUGUUAAGACCGUCGGCCGUGCAAGCUUAAAAAGCGUAUGGAGACUGAUGCCAUUGCUACUUGUGGCACAGGAGCACACAAUGCUCAACGCUGUCCCGGUUCCACUUGAAGUUCUGCUAUUGUCCAGAACUUGUGGAACAUUGACCGUUUAUUAGGUCAAAUGAUCUCAAGGGCAAGCACCUGGUGUGCACUUUGGGCAGGUAGUACAGACACAAUAUGGCUCAGUGCAUUGUUUUUUAAGAGAGAAAGAGAGAUUGCUGUGUCUAUUUGUAGUUAUAAAUUAAACAUAGAAAAUAUUUGAUCAGUUUUCUUCUUCUUAACAUUGAUAUGAAGUAGCCAUACAUAGAUAGAAUCCCAAAUAAAGUGUGCCUUGAGAUAAUAGUUUCUGUUCCGUGACCACAUUUGUAACUCAAACACUUGUAUCCCAAAUCACAUUUUCCCUUUGAAAUGGAUGGAAAUGCCAUUAAUCUGUUCCAGCCCCCCCCAAAAAAAUUAGUAAGAAAAAUAGUACUCUAUAUUUUACUUCAUAAAAACAUACAGUAAUGACAAUUAAAUGGAAUGUAAAGAAUUAAACAGUUUUUGACAGAUUUUGCUUCAAUUCAAUGGACAUGGUGCUACUCCUGGUGUACAGUGGGUACGGAAAGUAUUCAGACCCCCUUAAAUUUUUCACUUUGUUAUAUUGCACCUAUUUGCUAAAAUCAUUUAUUUUUUUCCUCAUUAAUGUACACACAGCACCCCAUAUUGACAGAAAAAAACAACUGAAAUUUUUGCAAAUUUAUUAACAAAGAAAAAUUUAAAUAUCACACAGCCAUAAGUAUGCAGACCCUUUGCUGUGACACUCAUAUUUAACUCUGGUGCAGUCCAUUUGUUCUGAUCAUCCUUGAGAUGGUUCUACACCUUCAUCGGAGUCCAGCUGUGUUUGAUUAUACUGAUUGGACUUGAUUAGGAAAGCCACACCCCUGUCUAUAUAAGACCUUCCAGCUCACAGCGCAUGUCAGAGCAACUGAGAAUCAUGAGGUCAAAGCAACUGCCUGAAGAGCUCAGAAACAGAAUUGUGGCAAGGCACAGAUCUGGGCAAGGUUACAAAAAAAUGUCUGCUGCACUUAAGGUUCCUAAGACAGUGGCUUCCAUAAUCCUUAAAUGGAAGACGUUUGGGACGGGGCUUAAUAGCAGAGUGGUCCGACGGAAGCCUCCCCUCAGUGCAAGACACAUAAAAGCCUGCAUGGAGUUUGCUAAAAAAAAAAAAAAAAAAACACCUGAAGGACUCCAAAAUGGUGAGAAAUAAGAUUAUCUGGUCUGAUGAGACCAAGAUCUCAAAUUGUUGGCCUUAAUUCUAAGUAGCAUGUGUGGAGAAAACCAGGCACUGCUCAUCACCUGUCCAAUGCAGUCCCAACAGUGAAGCAUGGUGGUGGCAGCAUCAUGCUGUGGGGUUGUUUUUCAGCUGCAGGGACAGGACAACUGUUAGCAAUCGAAGGAAAGAUGAAUGCGGACAAGUAUAGGGAUAUCCUGGACGAUAACUUCCAGAGUGCUCAGGACCUCAGACUGGGCUGGAGGUUCACCUUCCAACAAGACUGACCCUAAGCACACAGCUAAAAUAAUGGAGUGGCUUCAGAACAACUCCGUGACUGUUCUUGAAUGUCUUUUAGCAAAUGGCUGCAAUAUAACAAAGUGAAAAAUUUAAGGGAGUCUGAAUACUUUCUGUACCCACUGUAUGUGUCUUUCCCACGUAGGGGCAGUACAAUACAGAGACAAGAAGAGUUUCACAACUGACUCCAUACGCUGCAGUAAUAUUAGCCCUUUUUCCCCCCCGCAUAAUAUAAAGAACAUGAGGAAUAUUGUUGUUUGUUACUGUUUUCAAAUAUCCGUUACCUAAAGAGUUAAUGGUGACACACAUGCUGUUCGUUAGCCCCUCUAUGCCGUUUUGCAUUAAGCUAAUGGACUUUUGUAAGGCAAAGUUACGUGGUUACACAUGUAGUUGAAUUUUUUUUAUAUUUGGCUUGAUGGAAAACGUCAAGUGGGAGUGGCAAACAGCUUGAAGCUUCCCUUUUUAAACAUUAUUCACUAUCUGCCAAAUUGCUACUUGCUGUGAAGUGAGUUCAGUUCACUGCCACCAUACAGUGAUUGUAUCUCAAAUUUUUGAUUGUAAGUCAAAGAUUAAAAAAAAAAAGACAAACGAGGGCUCAUAUCGAAAAACUUGUAAGUCAGGUCACUCGUAUCUCAAGGCAGAACUCAGUGAUUUGAACUUGUAGAUUGUACUGAGGAAUGAUGACAAGGUUUGUUGCAGUUUUCACACAUCCAAAACACAUUGUUUAAAAAUUACAGCACCGUAAGACAUUUUUUACUUUCGUAUAAGCACCAACAAUCAUACUGUUAUUUUUAUUAAGUUAUUCCGAUUUCCUCUCUAGAUCACAGAAAUGCAUUACUUUUGUUUUGCCCGAUUUGCUUUAUGUGUUACUGUAUAUUUGCUCCAAUGAGCCCUCUUAAUUCUUCUUUCUAGAAACCAGAAGACUGAGUACGGUAUGAUUGUGAAGAUACAAUGCAAGAGUUGUGUUUGAGAUUCCUAUUUGGCAGCAAUAGCCUGUAACUUCAGUCAUGUAUGGUCAUGACAUUUUUACAGUUGUUUCUUUUUACUAAAUGUACUGUCAUACUCUUUAUGGUAUAUGUUGAGCACUGCAUUAUCGUUGGGAAGUUCAACUCAAUCACGUCAGCUUCAAGGGAAUAUGAAUCAAUAUUUCAAUUUUUUGUGUGUUGCUUUGAUUUGUGGAUUAAAAUGAUAAACAGUGGCAUUUA